UCCUUUAGGCCACUUGGAUCUAGCAUCAACUAACAAGAAACAGACAGCAGCUCUACCAUUCCGAAAGUGACGCAGCUCCCUCUGGUGACUGCUGGUCACUUGAUAGGGAACGCAGAACGGACAGCCUGCCAUGCCCAAAAAAUCGGUUGAUGCUGCUACCAGAUUCAAGAGGCCUAAGGGACCGUUUACGUUAGGGGGAGGAGCCACGACACAAGGGGGAGGAGCUAGGCCAGCGGGAUAGUUCCUCUACUAUCCACGCCACCAACUAUUACCUUUAGUAAUCAGGUGGCGAGCGAAACGGAGCGAGCCACCGAGCCCGAAGCGUAGCGAGCGUACUUUUCGGGUACCCUGUUCGGCCGUAGCUCCUCCCCCUGGUGACAUGUCUCCUCCCCUAGUGACGUCAGAAGGUCCCUUUUCCCACUCCGAUUUAGAACCAACCAUGCCAAAUCAGCAGGACGCAACGGUCCUCAUGCUGACGUUCAGGGAGGCGGGUCUCUGUUGCUAGGGGGCGGAGUGGAGGGAGCAGAGAGUCAGUGAGCGGUAGUGUGGCGGAAACACAGCAACUCCAUGCUGCCGGGACAUGACACAGCGGCUGCAGGCAAGCAAGCGUGUCCCGGGAAGACCGUCUCCCCACCAGGGCCAGAUAAAAGCCGGGACCGCCUACUACCGCCGUUGUUUCACAUAUGGCCAAUCAGCGUCGUCCCGCCCACUGCCCCAGCCAAUUACAGGAGGCCUUGUCUGUGACUGACAGGGCAGAUACCCAAGCAGCUGUGGUGGUCCAGUAGCCUCAUCAUCAGCUCCAACAUUCUGUCAUCUGUCAGUUCUGUUACUACGCUGACUGCAAAUGGGCGACAUUAAGUGUGAUCAAAAUGGUCACGUGACUGGCCCACAGGAUCUCCAGGGUAAGUGUCGGAGAGCAGAGAAUGUUGUGGAGGAGGAAGAGUUGUAUUUGAAAAUUAAAGAGGAGGAAAUUCCUUCAGAUAUCAGCACAGACCUUGGAGACAUCAUAGUGAUUCAUAGAGAUUUCAAAUUUGAGGAGGAGGAAGAAACAUAUGUGAAAACUGAGGAAGAAAUGUUGUCAGAUAUCAGCACAGAUGGAUCCAGUAAUAGAAGUACAUCAGAGGGAUGUGCCAGUCCUCUAUAUUCACCUGAUUCUACAGAGGAAGACCUCACGCCGGACACAUACAUUAAGGAGGAAAACCUGAAUGUGGUGAUAGUUGAUAUUGUUCCAGAAGGAGGAGAUGAGAGGAGUAUGGAUAUUAAGGAGGAAAUUCCUGCAGACGUCUGCACAGCAGACGGAAACACCAGCAGGGAUACCUCCCAGGGGAACCCAAUUCUCCCCCCACAGUGUGAAAGAGCUGAUGCCACCUUUGCACGUUCUGAGUGUAAGAAGCGUUUUACCCAGCAAGAAAAUCUAAUUUCACAUCAGAGCGGUCACACAAACAAGAAGAUCAUCUCAUACAAACCGACUCUUGCUAAACGUAAUAAAAUACACGCAGGCGAGAAAUCAUUUCCAUGUCCCGAAUGUGGGAAAUGUUUUACCAAGAAGGCCAAACUUAUUGCACAUCAGAAAACUCACACAAGUGAGAAACCGUUCUCAUGUCCUGAAUGUGGGAAGAAUUUUCGCCAGAAAUCUAAUCUAUGUAAGCAUAAGAAAACUCACACUGGUGAAAGACCAUUUCAGUGCUCCGAUUGCGGGAAACGGUUUCAGCACAAAUAUAACCUUGUAGGACAUCGGAGAAUUCACACCGGGGAAAAGCCGUUUCCGUGUACUUAUUGUGAAAAAUGGUUUGCUCAGAAAUCGGAUCUUUUCAGUCAUCAGAAAAUUCAUACGGGGGAAGAGCCGUUUCCAUGUUCCGAGUGCGCAAAAUGUUUUGCGCACAAAUCGGCUCUCAUUAAACACCUCAAAGUCCACACGGGGGAAAAACCAUUUAUAUGCUCCGAAUGUGGCAAAUGCUUUGUGCAGAAAUCAAACCUGGUCAGACAUCAGAGAAUUCACACGGGCGAAAAGCCGUUCGCAUGCUCUGAGUGCGGGAAAUGUUUUACAAAUCGAUCAAAUCUUGUUGAACAUCACAGAACUCACACCGAGAAAAAGCAGUUUUGCUGCUCGAAUUGUGACAAAUGCUUUUCGCAGAAAGUCGGCCUCAUUAAUCACCAGCGGAUUCACACCGGGGAGGAGCCGUUCCCGUGUUCUGAAUGCGGGAAAUGUUUUACACAUAAAUCCGACCUCAUUAAACACCUGAAGGUGCACACGGGAGAGAAACCGUUUCAGUGUUCAGAAUGUGGGAAAUGUUUUAUACAGAAACCAAACCUGGUUAGACAUCAGAGAAUUCACACAGGUGAAAAGCCCUAUCCUUGUUGUAGCUGUGGGAAAUGUUUUACAAAUAAAUCCAAUCUAGUUAGGCACCAGAGAAUCCAUGUGGGGGACGAUGAUUUGCACGUUCCACCUACUGGGGUCAUCCUAAGGUUACUGGCUCCCACCAAGAUCAAUCCCAUUCACAGAGUCUUCAAGAUGGAUAAGGACGAGAGUCACGUGACUAAGAUGAUAUUAAACCUCACCCUGGAGAUCAUCUACCUGCUGACUGGGGAGGAUUACACAAUGCUGAAGAAAGAGUUCGGUGAGUGUGCGACAGCCAGCAGCCACCGUCCCCAUGUGUCAGGAGGACAGAGCAGGACCCAGACCCCCAACACAGUGCCCCCACCUCACUCACUGAUCCAUGAGCAGAAGAUCCUGGAACUCACCAACAAGAUCAUUCAGCUGCUGACUGGAGAGGUUCCUAUAAGGUGUCAGGAUGUCACUAUCUAUCUCUCCAUGGAGGAGUGGGAGUAUUUAGAGGGACACAAGGAUCUGUACAAGGACGUGUUGGAUGUUCAGCGGCCCCUCACAUCGCCAGAUGGAUCCAGUAACAGAUAUACUCCAGAGAAAUGUCCCAGCCCUCUAUCUCCACAGGAUUGUACAGAGGAUGAUCACAAUCUACAACAGGAUUAUCAGGACGGGGAACUGAAUAUCGUGCUGAUUGACAUUGACCCAGAGACUGAGGAAAUACAGACAGAUGUGAAAAUUAAGGAGGAAGAAAUUCCAAUUGAUAUCAGCGCAGAUGGAAGCAACAGCAGGAAUUCCUCAAACGAGCAUCCUACUUUGUCUCCCGUUUGUGAAACGAAAAUGAAAAACACCAGACACGUUUCUCGAGGAGAGAACCCUAUAACCCCAAAUAAACCUCCAGUUCUUCACAGCUCAGAUUCCUCUAAACGUGGCGGAUAUUUCCCUGAUAUUAUUCGGUACAAUGCUGCUGGUCGAGGAGAUGAAAGGUUUGCAUGCUCCGUAUGUGGGAAAUGUUUCAGCAAGAAAGACAAAUUUAUUAUUCAUCUGAGAAUUCACACAGGCGAGAAGCCAUUUUCCUGCACUGAGUGUGGGAAGAGCUUUGCACAGAAAGCUAACCUUAUUGCGCAUCAGAAAACACACAAAGGGGAGAAACCAUUCUCCUGUUCGGAGUGUGGGAAAUAUUUUACGUGUAAAUCAACACUUGUCAAACAUCUGAGAAUUCACACAGGCGAGAAGCCGUUUUCCUGCUCCGAGUGUGGGAAAUGUUUUACGUACAAGUCACACCUCCUUGAGCACCAGAGAAUUCACACAGGUGAGAAGCCAUUUACGUGUUCUGAGUGCGGAAAGUGUUUUAGACAUAAAUCCCAUGUCGUUGGACACCAGCGGGUUCACACAGGGGAAAAACCUUUUAGAUGUCCUAAGUGCGGGAAAUGUUUUACACAAGAAUCAAGUCUGGCUUACCACCAGCGAAUACACACAGGAGAAAAACCAUUCUCCUGUCCGGAAUGCGGAAGAUGCUUCACUUAUAAAUCAACUCUUGUGAAACAUCAGAUCAUUCACUCGGGUGAGAAGCCGUUUUCAUGUUCUGACUGUGGUAAGAGCUUUACGCAGAAAGCAAUGCUCGCCGAGCAUCAGAAAACGCAUACCGGAGAGCGGCCUUUUACCUGUACCGUGUGUGGAAAAGGCUUUACACGCAAAUCGAAUAUGGUUAAGCACCAGAUAACACACACAGGAGAGAAGCCCUUUGCUUGUUCUGACUGUGGGAACUGUUUUACACAGAAAGCAAGUCUGGUUAAGCAUCAAAAGAUUCACUCACAAGUCGAUCAUUGAAAGAUUGGUUUACAUAUAUGUAGAUUAAUAUAUUUUUGCAUUUCUUAACAGAGAGUGCAUUGAACUCUACGUGUUACCUUCUGAGAGAGGUUUUAGAUAGCACCUUGCAAGUUACUGUUUAAGCCACAUUUGAUCUAUUUUUAUUGUAAAAUUUUAUAGAAAUAAACAACUUUAUGAUCAACUGACAUUAGGCAAAAAAAGUUCUUGAAUUGACAUAUGUAUAGCUCCAUCUGAUUGGUUGCUAAUCCAGAUUGAAAGGACCUUUACUGGAUAAUUAUGUACUUUCGCUGGGCGCCAUUUUAACUCAAAUUGACCAUGUUUUUUUGAACUGUGCAGCUUUAUUGAUUCUUCAAAAGUAAAUUCAAAACAGUGAAAUCUAACAGCAUGAACAGUCGGCCAUACUUUUACAUAAGAAAAGAAUGACAUACAAAAGAAUGACAGAAAAUUUGUCAAAGAAAUCUGGGGCAAAGAUUAGAAAAAUAGAAUUUGAUGGCAGAUAAGAACCACUUGGCCCAUCUAAUCUUUCCUAAACACAUGUACACACACACUUGGGUUAAUUUUUUUUAUUUUUUAUUUUUGGAGUGUGGGAGGAAACCCACGCAAGCACAGGGAGAAUAUACAAACUCACAGUUGGGCCAUGGUGGGAACCGAACCCAUGACCUCAGCACUGUGAGGCAUUAAUGCUAACUGUUACACCAUCCGAUUUCCGUGGAACUGGUGCGUCUACGAUCAUGAUGGUAAAAGUGGAGUUAAUUAUGUGUGAAUGAGACUGUAAAAUAAUAAAUAGAACCACUAGAAGAUGAUCCUUUGGGCCUGAAAAGCGGACCUUCAUGUUUUGAGUGUAGCCUAUUGUAUUUUUGUGUUAUUAAUGUUACCUGUGUCUUGGAAUAUGAAACAUUUACCUGUUCAUUGCCUAUAACCUUUGUGGCUCUUUGUUACAAGACCGUUACAGCUGGUGGUACAUAUUGCUUAUAUACAUAUAUUCAAGAAGCCUCAAAACAAGACAACUGGCAAAUAAAAACUAUAAUAUGACAAUACUGUUGCCUAUUAUUGAAGUCCGAGUUUACUCUUACUGGAUUUAUGUCAUUUUAUAGGUAAUCAGCAUUCAUGUCUUGAAACUUGUAUUAAAAUUAGAUUUUAUA